AUGUCGGCUGGGUCUCCAUCCGCUCGUCUGGGCCCCCGGCUAUCUGGAAACCUCUCACAAUGUGUUCUGGGCACGUCCAACCGCGGCGGAAGCAGAGUGAGGAAGAAGCUGCUUUCCACCAGCACCUUGUCCACCCUGUCCAACCCUCCGACGUUGACUCCCCUCCUUGAGACCGAUUCCUAUGCCGACGCCGAUGCCAAUGCCAAAUCCCACCUCGGUCCUCCUCCAUUUCUACAACCCUCCCCUCUUCAAGAUCGUCCUGCGACAGCCGCAGGUCUGGGCAGUGGCGCAGGAGGUCCAGGUACAACCACAGCUGCGAACGUGAUUGACGAUGACGACUCGGCGUCCACGGCCGACAGCACGAUUGGGAAUACCAUACCCAGGAACCCGUCAGAUGCGUGGCAGUUGUUGAAAGACGUGGCGAACCGGGAAGCAGAUCAGCUGCAAGCCAAAGGAGCAAUGGGCCAGCAGGGGGAUCCAUCACAUCAAGACAUGCAGAACGGAGCAAGACCAGAACCCAGGGGAUCCAUCAAUGGCAUCCACGCUGGAAUCUCGACCUAUCGACUGGUGCGCGAAGGCUACCUGACGCCCGAAAUUAUCCAAAUGCUAGUCCGACGAUACGCUGAGCACUACCACCCGUACCUUCCCCUGGUGCCGCGCAAAUAUUUUGAUCCUGCUCAGCUGGAUAUCUUCGCGGUCAAUGAUAAACAUCUGCUGACGGCCGUCAUCACCAUCUCGUCAAAGGACCUCAUUGAACAGCCGACGAUUCAUACCUGCUGCUCUCGAUACAUGCAUGACCUGAUAUCUGGGAUCGCAGCUGGCCAUGAUUGUGAAGUCGAGGCGGUCGAGGCGUUGUUGUUACUUGCCGAAUGGGAGCCGCAGGGCCUGCGAAAUCGCAUUGAAGCGGUUGGGAGGGGCGAGGAAGAUCGGUCGGCCUGGAUGCAUGUCGGGAUGGCCCUGCGCACGGGUUAUUUUCUUGGCCUUGAUCGAACUGCCUUUCGACAAGAGUCCGCCGAAGAAGCCAGGAUCGAUGGACGAAAACGCUUAGCUUGGGCCAACUGCUACGUCUCGGAUCGGUUGAUAUCGGUGAGGAUUGGGAAGGCAUUUUGGUCGAGAGGACCUGGACCCAUGACCGGUCUCUCCUCCCAGGACUUCCCCUCGCUGCAACCAAUCAACCCUGACGACGAAGAUUAUGCCAAAAUCAUGCAAGCAACCCUGGAUCUCACACAGCUCUAUUCGAAUGUGCACGAUGUUCUGUACUCGGGCAUGCGCACCAGUGGACAGAUGAUGCUCAUGGGGGAUUAUGUCAAGUACGUCGACGAUUUCCGCGCAGCCAUCGCUCGCUGGAACACGACUUGGGGGAAACUGGAGUGCUCUCCUUAUAUCAAGGUCACGCUGCAGAUGGCGUACGAAUACCUCUGUCUAUACACCAACGCCUUUGCCUUCCAAGCGGCCAUUGCUCAAGCAAUUGCUAGCAAGCCCAAGAGCGACGCCAACUCCCUGAGGGACCAUCUCCGAAGUGUAUUCUGCAAUGUCGGCGCUAUGCCAGAUGCACGCUUCAUUUGGGCCAGUGUGGCUGCUGCGAAAGCCUACUUGACGCUUCUCAGCACCCAAGUGGAUCCCAGCAAGUAUCUGCGAUACAUGCCGCUGAGAUAUUAUCUCUACUGCAUUUAUUCUGCCGUGUUCCUGUACAAAGCCCGCUCGUUCGGAGUGAUGACGGACAUGGAGGAGCGGCAAGUUCGGCAACUGGUCUUCCAGACCAUGGAAGUGCUCAAACGAGCGUCCGUCUCUGCUCAGGAUCCGGGGUCGCGCUACGCAAGGCUCUUGGAGCUGCUGUGGAUAAAGCCGCAAAAGGGCCCUUCACAACUCCCGCCUCCAAUUCAAUCUCCCGCGGCAUCUGACGGUCCAUUGUCGUCGAGCGGCAGUGUCCACGUCGACGCACAAGGAUAUAUGCAAUUCAGUCCGGCUAACGACUUCUCCUGGCUGGACCUCGAGGCCGUAGGCGACUACGUCUCCGGUGAUCAAAUCGCUGGCAACGGGAUGAACAUGCUUGCUCCGAUGGGGGCCUUCGAGGCGACGUCGACUUUCAUGCCUCAGACUCAAGGGAUGCAGUGGCAGCAGACCAGCAACUCCACGAAUUGGCCGGUGGACUGGAAUGGCAACUUGUUCUUCUGA